UCAACGCCAUGCGGUCUCGUUGGAAUCCUACUAUGUAAAGACGGAGUCUCAGAACGUAUACCAGAUGCAGUACACAAGUCGAAUCCCAAUUGGUUUCAAGGGCUAUCGGAGUAUCCUCCAUCUCCAUUCACUCAAUGUACCAUGGCCAUGGUUCCUUUAAUUUCCAAGAACGAUACCUAA